AAAUUGAGUUGUUACAAUAAAGAGCAAAAAUUGUCAGUUCAUCUAAUUUCAAUUGAAAAACAACGAAACAAGUCAAAUUUAAGUAUUUAACCAGUUAUUGAAAUGCAAUUUUCUAAUUAAAUUAUAAUUUCCAAUCAAGAUGAAUAAUAAUAUGAACAAUAGAGGCCAUUUUCGCCAUCAUAAUCAAUUCCUUCAUCCUGAUGAUGCCUAUUACCGUCAAGAACUGUCUUCGACAUCAGCAAAUGUCACCGAUGAGAACAACUUGAAAGGAGGAUUCAGAUUGAAAUUAUCCAAUGUUCGCCAGUUUCUUCUCAUCUUGUUAAUCUGGUCACUCAGUGUAACCAUUUUAAGUCUUUUAAUCUGGCUGAUUGUUUUACCUCAGUUCCCUUUGUUAAACGUUAUUGAAACAUCAUCUGGACGCUUACUAGGAACCCUCGAAACUCGCCUCGGUAAACGGAUAGUCAUUUAUUAUGGUAUACCUUAUGCUAGGCCACCAAUUGGCCCUAGACGGUUCACUCGACCCGAACCUAGUUUGCCUUGGAAGGGGGUUUAUAAAGCAACAACCAAGCCACCCUCUUGUUACCAGUUUGCUUCGGAUUCACCAAAAAAUUUGCUUCAAAGUGAAGACUGUUUAUACCUUAACCUGUAUGUUCCAUUGAAUGAAGAGGACCAACAAGAAGACGAAGAGUUUCAAUCAUCGAAGAUUAACGAAUCAGAAUCAAAUGGAUUGAAUGAAGGGAUCAAUGGUACAGCCAGUAAACCAAACAAAGGUAAACCAGUUUUGGUUUUCAUUCACAGUGGAGGUUUUAUGGUCGGCUCUAUUAACCAGUACGAUCCGUCAAUCUUGGCUGUUGAGGGUGACAUAAUUGUAGUUACAAUUGGAUAUCGCUUAGGUUUAUUUGGAUUCAUCUAUUAUGAAUUGACUGGUGAACCAGCUCAUCAACAAGGUAAUUUAGGUUUGUACGAUCAGUUGUUAGCCUUACAGUGGAUCCAUGCCAAUAUACAACAUUUCAAAGGUGAUCCAGAUAAUAUCGUGCUUUUUGGUGACUUUGCUGGCGCCCAAUCGGUUGGGUUUCAUUUAAUUUCAAAUCGAUCACAGCCUUAUUUUAAACGAGCCAUUCUAUUGAAUGGAAGCCCAUUCAAUUUAGCUUUGGUCAUGAGUCGAGAGCGCAGUCUUAAUCGGACAAAAGCCUUAAUCAAUGCCACUGAUUGUUGGUCAAUUGAUGAUAAUCAAACUCAAAAUUCAUCUAAAGCUGAAUUACCAAUUACAUCGAGAUCAAUUGACUGUCUAAGAUACCUGAAAGCACCUCAUUUGAUUCAAAUUGAUCGCUCUUUGUACCAAAAAUCAAAAUCUUCGGCCAUGUAUUUAUCUUAUUAUCCUGUUGCUGAGGAAAGUUUCUUCUCUUCUCAUCCAUUUGAAUUGAUUGAAUCAGGUGAUUAUGGGCCUCAGUCUGAAAUAAUGGUCGGUGUCAAUGGACAUUAUGAAUCUUGGAUGCAAGAUUUGGGUUUGACUGAUUUCAUUUUGAAUGGUAUGAAGCUUGGUUCGAUUGAAAUAACACCAAAAAUGAUAAAUCGCUUAACUAAAUUUGGUCCCAAUAUUGGUCAACAUUAUUACGAGAUAUUAACCCAGGUCAUUAUGGAAGACCAUUCUGCUGUUUCACCAACUGAUUUAGCCGAGAGAAUAAAUUCAUUGACACUUGAUAUGGCAUUUAGAUGUCCAAAUUACUUUCUUGUGAACAGUUUUAUUCAAAACGAGACUCGAUCAGUUUAUUAUUUUGAAUUGCGAGCUUCAACUGGCUUUGAAUUGAUGAACAAAAUGUUGACUUCGUUAACCAACAAUGAUACUUCAUCUAAAAGUACUGAUGUUAGCAUGAUAUUUGGUUACCCUUUGGAAUCAAUCGCAGAAGACGGUACAGGUGGUUAUACUGAGGAUGAUGUUGCCUUUUCCAAGAUUAUGAUGAACCAUUGGGUUGAAUUCAUCAAAAACGGAAAACCAACUUCAAACGAUUCCUGGAUUCCGUGUAAAAAUGAGCAACAAUAUUAUCGUUAUAUCAUAAAAAAGAAAGGAUCCAUUUUGAAGUCCGGAUUCGUAGAAAACGAAUGCGACAAAUAUUUCCGAAUACUUUAUGACAUUGGUAAAUCAAUUGGUAAACAUUGAUUUGUUUGACCAGCUUUUUCACAAUGAAUACAUCUAAUUCAGAGACAUUUGUUUAAUUGUUAUACAAUUGAUGAAUGAAAUGUUGAGAAGGAAAGAGAAGGAAAGAGAAACAAUAAAUGUAACUAUGAAUUGAUGCAAUGGGGUAAAAAAUAGGGCAUGAAAAUAGAGAAGAUUACAUUGUUUUCCUUGUGAUAUAAUUUGAUGAUUAUAUUUGAUAUUAAUGGAGAUGAAAAUGAGUGUACAAAUGAUCAUUAUAUCCAAAGAAUGGUCAAUAGAAUGGUUAAUAGAUAAUUGACAAAUAAAUAUGUAAAAAUUGUGUACAAAACAAAAAAGUAGCUGAAUUGAUAUUGGUAUGG